GAUUGUCCCUGAAGCAAUGUUAAAUGACUUGGAAGAAAAGAAGAAGCAGUUGGAGGAGCUUGACAAAAAGCUGACUGCUGAGAGCGCCAAAUUAGAAACUCUUCUCAAGGUCAAAGAAGAGGCAGAAGCUUCUGAGAGGGAAGCGAAAGAUAAAUACGAUCAAAUGAUAAAAGAACUGAAAGAAAAACACGCCAAUGAAGUCAUGAUUGAGAAAUCGGAAGAAGCAUUUAAGGAGAUUGACUCGGAUUCAAGUGGUGGUGUAUCUUUUGAGGAACUGAUUGCAUGCACUUCUAUAGAUGGACCAAACCAAUGUGGAGUAUCGGAGACUGAAGUGAAAGAAUGCCUGAUCACAACUUCAGUCAUCCAGUGA